UGAGGGCGCUGCAGUUGUAGGACACAUUUGGGUAGGAUUAUUAUUACUUUUAUUAUUUCUUUAGCAGUCAUUUUGCUUUCCGAGCCCUGAUAUCAGUCUGAAUACCCAGGUGAAAGCGAGAGCGGGCAGCCACUGACAACCUACAGUUACCAAGUGCAACAAACUAUAUUUAGGAAGAACAACUCACUGCUAUGAAAGGAAUUCCUUUUACACUUUAGCUACCAAAUUGGGUUUAUCUGCCAGCCCAGAAGCAGCCCCGAGUACAAGGCAGAGACAAAGCUCUUCAGAAACACAAGUAUCAGCUGCUCUGGAAGCACCCUUGGCAAGAUAAACGCUGAAGGCAAAGACCCGUCACUCUCUCCUGCUUGUGCAAGAAGAAAGCUGAAGGAAAAGUGACCUGUUACCUUCAUUUUCCAGGAAGAUCUCAGCUUUUAACAUGUCCAAACAAUCGGCGUCAAAUGUCAGAUCUAUCCAGGCCAAUCUCAAUAUUCCUAUGGGAGCAUUCCGACCUGGUGCCGGACAGCCACCCAAGAGAAGAGAAUGUACACCUGAAGCAGAACAGAGUAAUCCAGAUGUUAUACCAAGUGAAGAGAAGAAGCAACUCCCUGGAGCUGUGAAACUUCCUUUGCCUGCAGUCAACCUUUCAGAAAUUCAGAAUAUAAAGAGUGAACUUAAAUUCGUACCAAGAGCUGAGGAGCAGUAGUAUCUACUAAAAGGUUAGUCGGAGCUGCUCUGCUAAUAAGAUCAGAUGUGGAAGACUGAAGAAUAUUUUUUAUAUUUGUAUAAAGACUGUAAACUACCGAUAUGCUGUAUAUUUCCAUGCUGCAGCAAAUAACUUAUUUUUACAAUAAUAUUGUUUCUUCCUAGGCCAGAUUUCUUACAAAGUAUUCACGAUUGCCCCAAAAUCUGGAUCAUAUAUGCUGUUUUAGAGAAUAACACAUAAUGUUGUGUCAAAAAGCAUAGCUUAAAUUCAAGUUAAUAAUAAAACUGAAUUGUACAUGUUA